AUGAGUUCUACUGACGAUACUUACUCAAUGACUUCUUCAUUGCCAUCAUCACUCGAUCAAACACCAUUGUCAUCACUUUCAGCAGCAUCAAGUUAUGCAUCACUUGUAAAUUGUGAUGAAACAAUUUCAAUUCAUAAUGAAGCACAUCAUCAUCCUCACCAUCCUCAUCAUCAUCAACAACAACAACAACAUUUUAAUAAAAAACCCAAAAAAAUUUCAACAACUAAUGAAUCAAGAUUAUUAUCAACAUCAGAGUCAAAUAAUAUAAAUAAUAAAAUAAAUAAUGGAUCUAAUAAUAUUAAUAAACGUACAUGUUAUUCAACAUUACAUAAUCGUCAUGUAAAUAAAUUAUGUUCAAUACUUGAAGAACCCAUUGAAAUUCAUGGUCAAGGAAAUUUUCCAACAUUAAAUAUUGUUUCAAAAGAUUUUUUACUUGAAUUACGACGAGCUUUUCAUUCAAAUCAUAUUGAUAUUAAAGAUGUGCGUCUCAAUGGAGGUGCCGCUUCCUAUGUUUUAACAAAUGAUAAAUCAUUUUCAUAUUCGGAUAUUGAUUUUAUAUUUCGUUGUGAUUUAUCAUCUGAAUCAACAUGGACACAAAUAAAAACAACUGUAUGUGAAUGUUUAUUUCGACAUAUAUCAUCAACAAAUUCUUCCAAUUCUUCUCAAUUAUCAUUUUCACCUAUUAUUAUUCAAGCAGCAUAUGUAGAAAAAGUAGUACGUGUUAUUAAUCCAUCAAAUAAUGAUUCAUGGGCAUUAAUGUCUUUAUGUAAUGUCAAUGGACAAAAUAUUGAAUUAAAAUUUGUUGAUCGUAUGAAAAGACAAUUUCAAUUUAGUGUUGAUUCAUUUCAAAUUUUACUUGAUCCAUUACUUGAUCAUUAUGAACAAAUUUUUAAAUAUCAACAACAAACGAAUAAAAAACAAGUACAUCAUAAUCAAUAUCAUUAUUAUCAUUCAAAGCAACAACAUGAAUAUCGUUCAACAAAAAAUAAUCGUUAUUUAUCUUCAUUACAUCAUUUACCAACAAUAUCAGUUGAAUGUGUUUAUGGAAGUUUUGAAAGUGCUUUAACACAUCUUAAUCGUCGUCUUAUUGCAACAACAUCACCUGAACGUAUACGUGGUGGUGGUUUACUUAGAUAUUGUCUUUUAUUAACACGUGGUUAUCGUCCAUAUGAUAAUGGUAUAGCAUCAUGGCAACUUGAAAAAUUAAUGUGUUCAAGAUUUUUUAUUGAUUAUGCUGAUAUUAAUGAACAAGAAUAUAAAUUAUUAGCUUUUUUAUCAUCACAUUUUUCUAAUGAUGAUUCAGCUAAAUAUCGUUAUUUAUUACAAUUACGUUUAAUUAUUGAACGUAGUACAGUUUGUUUAAUGGCACAUGAACGUAAUUUAACAUUAACAUUAAUAACACAAUUAGCAACUGAUUAUUAUUAUCGUUUAUAUGAUGAAUAUAAUACAUAUAGUUUGAAUGGAGAAACAACAACAGCUGAAGUAACUGUACCAAAUUCAAUAACAAUUGAUGUUAUUUAUCAUAAUGAAUGGGAUGAAUGGAAAUCUUUACAUACACCACCAAAAAAACAAAUACAAUCACAACAAGAUAACUAG